AUGAAAUUAGACUAUGAUCGAGCCUUGGAGGAAGCGAUUUCUACUGAACGUUCCACGCCCUUGCCUCUCGAAGCUCCUGAUUGUUUUAAAGUUAGAGGGUUAGAAAAGGUUGGGCCGAACUUACAAAAGACGGGAGAGAUUUCCGCCAAGAGAUCUGGUAUAGAACACAUGUCGAUUUAUCGAGGAGUAAAAGGAAUUACUCCCUUGGAACACCUUGCCAAAUAUUUAAAACGCGAACGAGUAAAUCUAGAAACAGAUACAGAAGACGAAGACAUCGACCAAGAACAGUCACACCGGAUCGAAUUGCUCUCUGAUAUGGAAGGCUUAAGUGCUACAAAGAAAGAGAUUAUGGUUCAAGCAAUAUUGGACAUUGCUAAUGCAACAGCAGAUUAA